AUGACAGAAGUACGCAAGCAAAGCAAGCUCCCUAUUGACGACCACAGAAUUUUAUCAGUGUAUCAGUCUUCGAAUCAAAAGCCUCAUUCAAACCUUGAACUGAGCAAGUCACACAAAGAAACCCAAAAAUUCACAACUUCCUUCCUCUCUCAGACAACCAGAGUUGGAGGUCUGCGAUCAGGUCUUGUCUCAUGGCCCAAUAUCACCAUACAAGAGUCGCGCUCGCAAAGGAAAGGCAUAUUCCACUACGUCGCUGAAGAAGUAACUCGUCUCAUUCUCCAGGACCAAACAACGAGAAAAUCAAUUCAAGACCUCAUUGGAAAUUACGACCCAGCUUACUUCGAGAAGAGUGUCCCUCGAAUCUUCACUGCAUUCAUCGAGAACCUUGUUCUUGAAGCUAAUAGCCUUCUUGAAGUUGCGCGAAAACGAGAAUCUCUAGAGCGGAAAGGUCUUGGAUUUUGGGCAAGGAUGCGGAGCUCGAAAGAAAAGAAAGCGGAUUCGAAGCGACUUUCAGCAUUCAAAGCCACGAGACUGAGCGUGGCCGAAAUGUUGAAUAUGAUUUGGCAGUAUCGAGCUCCAAUAUGGGAUUCGCCGAAGAGAGAUGAGCAGGGGAGAAAUUAUUGGGCAAGUAAUGUCGAGGCUGUGAGAGAGUCCAAAUCGUUCGGGAUCUUUAAGGAGGACCUGAGGAGUUUGAAAAGACCGUUCAUAGAUACGGAAGCUGUGGGGUUUGAGAUGGUGGCGGGAAGAAGAAUGAGCGGCUCGGAGUAUGCCUCGCCCGACGAUACAAGGAAUUGCGAGAGCAAAGGCCUCACGAAGCAAGAAUUCGAUCUGCGCCCGCCGAAAGGACUUCUCAAUUGGGACUGCGAUAUUAUUCUCCCGAUACCCGAAGCUUUGAAAGAGAUUACACGCCUGACUCUCUACUCCGAGCCAAUCAAAAAAGCAAUAUUUUCAGUACUUGAUUGUCCGGGGGAAUCAUAUUUUCAGAAACACAUUCGUCCUCUGCUCAACCGGUUUCUGGAGGACUUAUGGCUGGAGAAAUGGUGGCAGCUCAAGCCUAGGCGUAAAUCAAGAACUCGAACCCGGUCAGGUCAUUCGUUGACCGAAUCGCUAUGGUCGUGGAGGCAUGAUCGAAGUCGAAAGUUGACAACAAUGCCCUAUAUGAUGGGAUCUGAAAGGGCGAGUGUCGUUGAUGUUAUGAACAUGAUAUGGUGCGUCGAGAGCAAAUUCUGGUCUUCUGCAAAGCGUGACAUUUGGGGGAAUACUUGUUCACGUAAUCAUGAGAUUUUUGUAAGAGAGUCAACGGCGUUACAGAUUUUCAUGGAUGGCUUGAAAGCAUUGCGGAAAACGGUUGUUGCUGUGGAAGCAAUUUAA